UCAUCUGGAGGUCAGGAGGACUUGGAUCCGGAGGGAGAUAACGCUGCGCCCUUAACAGACUUUAAAAGUUUCACUGCGGAGAUGGAUUGAUUUAGUGAUCCGAACUGGUUCUGUGCGUAAAUUUGGGGGCGAAUCUGGAAGCAGCCGCCUGUCUCUGAAAGAAACGAUGGAGAUCCAUAAUCUGCGCUCAUUCAGUCCACCCAUGAGCGAGCGAUCGUCUCCGGGAGGGCUCCGUGUGCUUUAACAGGACUUCGCCUCUCUCCGUAUAGAAUGCUGUGUUUGAUUCGGACCCGGCUGACACACACGCCCCAGUAACAGCUACAACAUGAGGAGCCGUGGUGGGUUUCGAAGCUCGGCCGGACUGUCAGCGGUGCGCUCCUGCCUGCUGCUGCUCUUCAUCCACAUGAGCGCUCCGGUGGAGGCGCGGCGAGUGCGCGGCGGCCGCGCUCAGACCCGGCGGAUCCAGCAGCAGCCGCAGCAGCCGCAGCAGACUCCGGAGCAGCAGCGGGUGGAAGGACCGGAGAGCUUCCCACUAGACUUCACAGCCGUGGAGAGCAACAUGGACAACUUCAUGGUGCAGGUUAAGAACCUGGCGCAGUCGCUGUACUCCUGCUCUGCGCAAAAGCUGGAUCAAGACAUGAAGCUGCACCUCUUGAGAAAUUUGUCGGUGACCUGCAACGACGGUUCAUCAUCGGGGUUCUACAUCAAGGAGUCCAAAGGCAGCAGGAGGUGGCUCCUCUUCCUGGAAGGUGGGUGGUACUGCUUCAACAAACAGACCUGCAGCAGCAGAUAUGAGACCAUGAGGAAUCUGAUGAGCUCCACCAAGUGGCCACAGAGCAGAAGAGGAACAGGAAUUCUGUCUCCAGAUCCAGAGGAAAACCCUCACUGGUGGAACGCCAACAUGGUUUUUAUUCCUUAUUGCUCCAGCGACGUGUGGAGUGGAGCCACGCCAAAGACCGAGCACAGUGAUUAUGCCUUCAUGGGCUCUCUGAUUAUCAAGGAGGUGGUGAAGGAGCUGCUGACUAAAGGUCUGGACAAAGCCAAGGUUCUGCUCCUGGCAGGCAGCAGUGCGGGCGGUACCGGCGUCCUGCUGAACGUGGACGGCGUCGCCGAGCAGCUGCAGGCGGCGGGCCACAGGGGGGUGCAGGUCAGGGGGCUGGUCGACUCUGGGUGGUUCCUGGACAACAAACAGUACAAAACCACCGACUGCCUGGACACCGUCAGCUGCGCCCCCACUGAGGCCAUAAAGAGAGGCGUCAGGUACUGGGGUGGACUGGUACCAGAGAGCUGCAGGCAGGCUCACGUAGGGGAGGAGUGGAGCUGCUUCUUGGGAUAUAAAGUCUACCCGACGUUGAAAAGCCCGGUGUUCGUGAUCCAGUGGCUGUUUGACGAGGCUCAGCUGACCGUCGAUAACAUCCACCUGACCGGGCAGCCCCUUCACGAGGCCCAGUGGAGGUACAUCCAGAACCUGGGUCAGGAGCUGAGGAGCACGCUGCGAGACAUACCAGCCAUGUUUGCUCCAGCCUGUCUGUCUCACGAACUCAUCACCAGGACGUACUGGAUGGACAUUCAGGUGAAAGGCACGUCCCUGCCCAGAGCGCUCCACUGCUGGGACCGCAGCCUCCAGAGCACCCUGCACCUCAACAGCAGCCACGGCCUGAACAAGCACCGGACCCCCCCGUCCAGGGGAUGCCCCCUUCAUCUGAUGGACAGCUGCCCCUGGCCGCACUGCAACCCGUCCUGCCCGACCAUCAGAGACCAGCUGACGGGACAGGAGAUGAGCGUGGUCCAGUUCCUGAAGCACAUGGGCUUCGACGUGCAGAAGAUGGCCCAGCAGCAGGGAAUGGACGCCAAGAGGCUACUGGGCAUGCUCAGUAACGGAAGCUGAGCUGCUCGGUCGUAGCUAAACGAGCGCAGUUGCAGCUGUUGGAGGCCAGUCUUUAUAAGCACAUGGAUGAAAUAAGAGGGGAAAAAAGGAACCUCUUCUUACGUUGAGGUCUUGGUGACAAACUGAACAAUGUGAACAGUCACAAGUGCCUUGUUUAUUUUUGAAGACGUGCAAGUCGUGUACAACCAAACCAGAAAGUUUGAGCUGUUGGAAAGCUUCAUAUGGGAUCAGCAUAGAGAUGAACUCAGAGGAGGCGGGUACAGCGAGUAUAACACAGGAGCGUCUCAAUGUAAAUUAAUUUAUUUUCUUAACCCAAAGAAUGAAACUCAUUCCACACAUUCGUUAGUCAGUGAUAGAUUUCAAGUGCUUCCUUCUUUCCCGUUUCCUUUUGCAUGAAUUACUGCAUCAAUGCGGCGCAGCAUGGAGGAGGUUCUAAUGGAGGGUCAGGUAGCUUUGAUAACGGCCUUUAGCCCAUUCAUCUCCGUCUUGACAUUACAUAGAUUCUCUAUGAGGUUAAAGGUCAGGGGAGUUUGCUGACCAAUUGAGAACAGGAACAGCAUGGCCACUGAUCCAGCUUUUAGUACCACAUGCAGUUUGGACAGGUGCCGAGUCCUGCUGGAAAAUGAAAUCAGCAGCGCCAUAAAGAUUGAGCAGAAGGAAGCACGAAAUUCCCUAAGACUUCCUGGCAGAGGCCGCGUUGACUCUUGACUUCAGUGGGGUUUCUGCAGGUUUCACCAAAUCAAAAUUAAGACUUUUUAAGAUCACUCUGACUUAAAUUUAAGACCUGCAUCACGACAGAAAAUAAAAUAAAUUGUAUGUGUUUGCAACAGAAGUGAGCCAAUGGGUAAGAUGAACUUCGUCCAGCCAACUGGUGAGACAUUUGCACUGAGCCAUGUUGGACGUUAAAAAGUUAGCUAGCUUUAGCAGCUAGUUAACGCUAGCUGCAACCAGCUUGAGUCACAGAACGCGGUGACCACGUCCGCAUGCAAUUCAGCUUUGCGUAAUAGUAAACUCCUGAGAAAAAAGAAAACUACACAGAACAAAUAGUCCUUUCACGACAAACUUUAAGACCUCCGAUUAACGUAUUUGAGACCAACUUUUUUUUUUUACCAAUUAAUUUUAAAAAUUUUAAGGCCUUAUUUUUAGAAACAUGAAUUUAAUACAUUCUGAGGAUGAACGGACACCCUGCUUCACAAUCCUAACAAGCUGCACUUCUCUCUGUUGUUUGUGAACUCUUCUUACUUCCACAGUUUUUCCUUCCAAUAAACUUUCCAAUAAUAUGUAAAAUAACAUAUGAAAAGAUUUUUUUUUUUUUAUUGAUCUCAUGCUUCAUUCAAAUGUUCAGAGAAAUUGAUCUUGGGUUUUCAUAUCUGUGAGCCACAAUCAGGAAAACUAACAGAAAUGAAUGCUUGAAAUGUAUCACUCUGAGGGAAAUCUCCACAGAAGAUGAGUUUCACUUUUUGAUAAGAAAAAAAGCAUUUAUAUUCUUAAUUAUUGGGGAGACACCAGUAUAUGCAAUAACCUGAACUUCAUACCCUCAUGUAGAGGUAACACAACGACAGCCGUCUUCAGCAGCCGGAGGGGUUCUAAUGGGAAACCACCGAACUGGAAACCAUUCCCAGUUUGAUGUGGACAUUCCCAGUAUACUGUGGUCAGGGGAACGAGGCGGGCCAGAAAAAUUUCACUGAUUCCUCUGCUCACUAAAUAUGCUGCUUUUUCUCCAUGUAAAAAAUAAUUUAAUGGGAAUUAUUUAGUAAUAAAAACAAAAUCUAACUCUG